AUGAAGCUGACACGGAAAAUGGUGCUGUCCCGGGCUAAGGCCUCGGAGCUGGACAGUGUGCGAAAGCUCAACUGCUGGGGCAGCCGCCUCACUGAUGUAAGUAUUUGCCGUCGACAUCCCUACAGUGUCAACAGUGUCUCGACCCUGGAGCCUGUGCGCCAGUGCCAGCACCUGAGCGAGCUCUACCUGCGCAAGAACCGCAUCCCCAGCCUGGCCGAGCUCUUUUACCUGAAGGACCUGCCGUGCCUGCGGGUGCUGUGGCUGGCUGAGAACCCAUGCUGCGGCCCCGAUCCCCACCUCUAUCGAAUGACUGUCCUGCGCAACCUGCCCGGCCUACAGAAAUUGGACAACCAGACUGUGACCGAGGAGGAGCUGUCCCGAGCACUGAUGGAGGGGGAUGAGAUCACUGCUGCCCCAGCCAGAGAGGACACAGAGAGCAGGCAGCCUGGGAUGCCCUUUGCCCUGAGUUCCGUUGACCCUUUGACUGAGACCGAGCAGGACCCAUUGGGCUUCAGCACUGAUGAGGCGAGCAGUGUCCAGGAGCACCUGGGCAUGAAGUCGCUGUCCCAGGACCAGUCCUCCUCCUCUCCACCACAAGAAACCACCAGCAACCUCAAGAACAAGAACAAUGUGCUGACUGCCAUCCUGCUGCUGCUGAGAGAGUUGGAUGCUGAGGGGCUGGAGGUGGUGCACCACACCGUGGGCAGCCACCUCCAGGCCCUGCACAGGCGGGAGUUGCAAGAGGACAUGGAGUGA